ACAUCCGGUGAAUGGGGCCUUUUUUGUUUCCCCGCAUCCGCCAUUUCAGUUUUUGAAGUUAGUGGACACCAGCCGCCGGAUCUUCGCCCCAAUCGGCGCCGCGGGUGAAGCGCAGUGAGCGGGGAGCAGCAGGCGGAGCUCAGGCCGCAGCGGAGCCGCUUUUCUUGGCGCGGAUCGGAGCCUCGGCUCGGCCAGCUGCGGAUGCCGCCUGCUCACCGGAGCGGCUCUCGGCGCUAAAGUUUUUUGUAUGAGUUGAAGCUCCGCUGGUGGAUAACGGGAGGAGAGCGCGGAAGGCCCCGGGUUGAAACCUCGGCUUUGUGGUGGUCAUCAUGGCCGGUCAUUUUGACGCGAAGGACCGCGGCAGCUGGUACUGGGGCCGCCUGAGCAGGCAGGAGGCGGUGUCCCUGCUGCAGGGUCAGCGGCACGGCGUGUUUCUGGUCCGGGACUCCAUCACCAGCCCGGGGGACUACGUGCUGUCGGUGUCGGAGAACUCCAAAGUCUCCCAUUACAUCAUCAACAGCAACAGCAGAGCGUCCGGCCCAGGUUUGGGCCUCCCCAGGUUCCGCAUCGGCGACCAGGAGUUUGACGCUCUUCCUGCUCUCCUGGAGUUCUACAAAAUCCACUACCUGGACACCACCACCUUGAUAGAGCCCAUCAACAAGUCCAAACACCCCUCCUUCAUUCCGGGCGGCGGGGCCCCUCCGCGCCUGGAGGACGAGUUCGUCCGCGCGCUUUUUGACUUCCCCGGCAACGACGACGAGGAUCUCCCGUUCCGGAUGGGCGACAUCCUCCGGGUGCUGGAGAAGCCGGAGGAGCAGUGGUGGAACGCCCAGAACUCUGAAGGGAAAACCGGGAUGAUCCCGGUGCCGUACGUGGAGAAGUACCGGCCGGCUUCGCCCAGCGCCGCGGCGGGGGCCGGCGGGCCCGUAGUGCCGCCCGCAGGGAUGGCGGCGCACGGGAACUCUAACAGCUCUGCCGCUCUGUCCGGAGCGCCGCUGCUGGGCGACCCCAGCCAGUACGCCCAGCCCACGCCGCUGCCCAACCUCCAGAACGGGCCCGUGUUCGCCAGGGCCAUCCAGAAGAGGGUUCCCAACGCCUACGACAAGACCGCCCUGGCCCUGGAGGUGGGCGACAUGGUGAAGGUGACCAAAAUAAACGUGAACGGCCAGUGGGAGGGUGAAUGUAAAGGCAAGCACGGCCACUUUCCUUUCACACACGUCAAACUGCUGGACCAGCACAGCGGCGAGGACGAGCUGAGCUGAGGGCGGCCCGCCCCGCCCCCGCACCCACGGACACUACACUACUAUUAGCCCUGCCCUCACCCAUUCUCCCCCCUCCCUCAGCAUUUAGCAGCACCAAGUACUGAGAAUUACCAAGAACAAAGACCGUGAUCCACGUCCCCCAGCUGCUCCCUGGACAGGAGGGACGCUCCACUUCCUGUGUCCCGCCCCGUAGAUGUUCGCUGCCAUUUCCUCGGCCCUCAUUGGCUGCAUUCAUGUCUUUGAAGUAGAGAUGCACCAACCAGAGCUGCUACCGGCGGACGGAUGUCGGCUUCCUCAGAGCCGCUGGAAUAAACGGAUCUCUGACGGCCGUGUGAAGACGUCCUCCAGAGACCGCUUGGAUUGACUGCUAGCAUGAUUAGCCCAGGUGACAUUACCGGUUCAACAAGGAGAGGCACUCGUUCCGCCUUCCUGUUAUCCACCACAGAAAGCUGCUCUCUCCUGAAGCCCUGAGACGCCGUCGAGCACGACACUAAUCCCCCACCCCACCGACCUCCGUGGACGUGAAAGCAGCGGCGUUGAGGUGAACGGCGGCGGCAGGCUUCAGAAAACCGACAUGAAGGUGAACGGAGUGCAGAGUGGGAACCAGCGGCGAGCGGACAGAGAGGCGGACGCCGCGUCCUCCCACCUGAGGCCCUUUCUCCCUCCAACUACACCCAUGUAGGAUCCGUAGAACACGUCGUCAUGGACCCAUGUAACCGUGGUAACCGUGGUUCUCAUUCCAGUAUUGUUUUUAUCCUCCUAGUCGUCUUCAUAGCUGCUUUUGUCUGGGAUGCACAUUUAAUUUGGGGGGUUUAACACUGCGAGGACGGAAGACCUGACCCCCCUCACCCCAUCUGAUGGAAAUAACUGAAGUAAAACAGAGUGAAUGUAGGCGGCGCUACCACUAGCUAGGACAUGUUAGCCGUCUGCUUGUUCACCACACUAGCCAGGACAUGUUAGCCGUCUGCUUGUUCACCACACUAGCCAGGACACGUUAGC